AUGAAAAGGCAGAACCAAAGCUCUGUGACUGAAUUCAUCCUCCUGGGCUUUUCUAAAUUCCCUGAACUCCGAGAGCAGCUCUUUGGGGUGUUCUUGUUUGUUCACCUGGUGACUCUGAUGGGAAACGCCAUCAUUAUAGUCGUCAUCUCCCUGGAACAGAGCCUCUAUGUCCCCAUGUACCUGUUUCUCCUGAACUUGUCUGUGGUGGAUUUGAGUUUCAGUGCAGUCAUCAUGCCUGAAAUGCUGGUGGUCCUCUCCAGUGAAAAAACUAAGAUCACCUUUGCAGGCUGUUUUACACAGAUGUAUUUUAUUAUUCUUUUUGGUGGGACCGAAUGUUUUCUUCUGGGGGCAAUGUCUUAUGACCGAUUUGCUGCAAUCUGCCAUCCUCUGAGCUACCCAAUGAUUAUGAACAAAAGGAUUUUCUUAAAAUUAGUAAUGUUCUCAUGGGUCUCAUGGGUCACAGUGGCUACUGUGCAGACCUCAUGGGUUUUUAGUUUUCCCUUUUGUGGCCCCAAUGAAAUUAAUCAUCUCUUCUGUGAGACUCCCCCAGUGCUAGAACUUGCAUGUGCAGAUACCUUUUUGUUUGAAAUCUAUGCGUUCACUGGCACCAUUUUGAUUAUCAUGGUUCCUUUCUUGUUGAUACUCUUGUCUUACAUUCGAAUUCUCUUUGCCAUCCUGAGGAUGCCAUCAACCACUGGGAGGCAAAAGGCCUUUUCCACUUGUGCCUCCCACCUCACAUCUGUUACCCUUUUCUUUGGCACAGCCAGUAUGACUUACUUACAACCCAAAUCUGGCUACUCCCCAGAAACCAAGAAGCUGAUGUCAUUGGCUUACACACUGCUUACACCUCUGCUGAAUCCACUGAUCUAUAGCUUGCGAAACAGUGAGCUGAAAAGAGCUGUGAUGAGAUUAUGGCGAAGAAAAGUGGAUUUACAUACAUUCUGA